AUGGAUUCAUUCGCCAUCACCGAGGGCAUCGACCGCCAGGAUGACCAGUCUGAACCCCAGAUCUCUAGCAAGCUGUCAGAGGAGACCAACAAGUUCCAGCGCGCCAUUGCCGCCUGGAGAGGCAUUGACUUGGCCAGUACCAUCGCGAAACUUGACACGACCGCCUCGGAGAUUGUCGAGCACCAGCGUGAUGCAUUGGUGCAGCGCAAGGACCUCGCCCAGAAAACCAAGGACUUCAAGAAACUAGAGGAUCAGGCAAAGCUGGGAGAGUACAAGGGACUUUUGAAGGCCUACCAGUCCUUCAUCGAUCUGUUGACCAAUCAAGGAAAAUCGUCCUCGUCUUCAUUCUUGCAACUCUACUCUUCUCUAUCGGAAGCCCCGGAUCCUUACCCUCUCCUUGAAGCCUCGGUCGACUCCCUUGUUCUAUCCGAGGACACCGUUCCAAAGUUGAGCUCUGAGCGUGAGCAAUUGCAGCAGUCUGUGGAUCGUCUCACCAAGCAACAAGAGGAGACCGAGAAGCGCCUGCAGGAAGAAUGCGCUGCGAGAAAGCAACUAGAAGAAAACCAGGAAACCAGGGCGAAGGAGAUUGAAGCAUCCUGGGAAGCAGUGUUGACGGAAAAGACGAACAACUGGGAUGCCAAAGAGAAGAGCCUAGAGGAGAAAGUGGAGAACCAGGACCGACUGCUGAAGGAGCUCAAGGCAAGCUAUGAGGUUUCCCAGCGCCUGGGCGAAGGCGACGACAAUGAAGGCUCCCGGAGUGGCGCCACUGCCGCUGAAUUUGAGUUCGUUUCGGCCGACUUGGAGAAGACAAGCUUGCGAUUGGCAGAUAUGGAGGCGCGCAACGAACAGCUGCGGCUAGAGUUGGCCCAGGCAGUGUCGCAUUCGCACCCGGAUCAACCGACUUCGUUCGAGGAUGACCCCGCAUACCUUCGUCUCCAGUCGGAGAACUCUUCCUUGCUCCGGAAACUGGAUGCCGCACGCUUCGACAAGGACUCUAACCAACACUCCUGGGAAGCCAAGCUACUUCAGUCGGAAAGAGCAUUCUCAAAGGCGGGAGCAGAGAGGGAUGAGUUGCGUUCACGAUUGGAGAAGGUUGCCGACUACGAUGAAAUUCGUCGGGAACUAGAGAUGAUCAAGUCGAUUGAGUUUACGACCGGAGAUGACGAUGAGGUAGAGGGCCCAAGUGAAGAUGCUGCGGCUGGCACGAACGAUGAUGCUGCGAAGAGCAAGGGGAAGAAUUCUCUGGAGCAACUCCUGCUGGCUCGAAACAAGAAGUUGACUGAUGAGCUCACUCUCUUGCGAGUGUCGCAUCGCGAUAUCCAGGGGCAGCUCGAGGCUCUUCGGAAUGAGGUUUCGACCACCAAAGCAGAACUUGACAAGUCUCGUAGCUUGUCGACAACGCUGGAAAAUGAUCUGCUCCGCGUGCAGGAAGAGGCAGCCAACACGUUCCCCUCGACAGCCAUGUCUGUGGCAGGUACUUAUGCCUCCAAGUACCCACACUCCUCUCGUCGGGGUGCAACAUCACCGACCUCGUCGAUCAUUUCUGGCUUUGACCAAAGUGCUGCAUCUGCAAAUACCAUGGAGGCUAUCCGCGCAGGGGAGGCUGUCGGAGGCGGAUCGGGUCUGCUGCCUAUGAUCCAAGCUCAGCGGGAUCGCUUCAAGAAGAAGAAUGCGGAGCUUGAGGAAGAGUUGUCGAAGACGUACAGCACUGUCAAAUCUCUCCGGCAGGAGGUCUCUUCACUCCAGAAGGACAACUUGGGUCUUUAUGAGAAGACCCGGUAUGUUUCGACCUAUAACCGCGGUCCCGGGUCUACAUCCGCAUCAUCCUAUGCGAAAGCACCCAGCUCGGCGUCGAUCUAUAAUGCGGAUACGCCAUCGGGGCUUUCCCUCGAUCGAUAUCAAUCCGCCUACGAGGCUCGGAUCUCACCCUUCGCUGCAUUCCGAGGUCGCGAGUCAACUCGUGCCUACAAGCGAAUGACUCUCCCCGAGCGGGUUGUGUUUUCCCUUACUCGCAUCAUCCUUGCGAACCGAACAAGUCGGAACUUGUUUGCGGGCUACUGUUUCGCCCUGCACCUCCUGCUUUUUAUCGUGCUUUACAUGAUGAGUACGAUGGAGAUCGAGAAGCAUAGCGCCAUGAGUGCUAUUGGCGGAGCUGCUGCAGCGGCAUACAACAACAGAGGGGGCAGUACGGGCAGUGGAAAUGGCCAAUUGCAGCAUGACGACUGGCAGCAAGAAGGCUUCAACCAUGCUAGCUGA